AUGUCCCCAGUUCCAGUUCCACAAAAAGGGGAGGUGGAUCUAACCCUUCUCCAGAAGUUGCAAGAACAAGUUCCUAAAUCAGAAGAGGAAGAGUGGGUAAGGAGUAAGGCCGAGAAGAAUCAGGAAGGUUUGCCUGAAGCUUGGCCUACAGCCAAAGCUAAUGCAAAAAGAGUUGCUCGGAUCUUGCAGCAACAGUUACCCCAGCAGCCAGCCACUAUAAUCCAGCAGCUACCUCCACAGCAGCCGCUGAUCACUCAGAUUGCUCCUCCACAAGCCUAUCAGCCGCCACGGUCAGGGAGCAUCAAAGAAGAUAUGGUGGAGAUGAUGCUUAUGCAGAAUGCCCAAAUGCACCAGAUCAUUAUGCACAACAUGAUGCUGAAAGCACUGCCCCCUAUGGGUUUAGAUCGCCCCGCAAAAAAUGAACCCUCACACAGCUCAAUACUUCAGGACCUUCAUUUUGCCAACCCUGUACUUUUGAAAGCGGAGAAGAUCCGUCCAUCAUCGGUACACCAUCACCACCACUAUACACCACCGGGCCUUCCGCCUGCGCCUCCCACAAUGCAGCCAGCAAUUGGCUAUCCAAUGUGGCCUCAAAUGAUGAUGCCUUCAAACAGCAUGGGGAGACAGAUAUAA